GGCGGUUGGAAAUACAUUUAUAUAAUGGGCAUCUUCUAUUGUACGACGUGAGACAAUGCUCAAUGUUCAAUGCGAUCUGCAAUCAUCAUCCAGUCAAAAUGCUUCUCUCCAACAUACAUGUUUACCCAAUAUUGAACUUUUUGGUUCUCACGAUAGUUACUUCUAUUGCCUAUCGUAUAUUCUACAAUUUAUACUUGCAUCCUUUGGCAAAGUUUCGUGGGCCGUGGUAUUCAUCUUGCUUUUCUCUACCUCUAGCGAUUAUUUCGGCAAAAAGAUGGGAACAUCAGUGGGUAGAUGACCUGAUAAAGAAAUAUGGAAGAGAUGCACCAAUUCGCGUUGCCCCUGAGAUGCUCCUCUUUCCACGACCAUCUUCAUUGAAAGAGAUAUAUUGGGACCGAAGCCUUAAUGAAAAGUCUACCUUCUAUGGCACUGGUCUCUUUGGUCCACCAAAUUUAUUCUCUACCCUUCCAUCUGUCGAGCACACACCUAUGAGAAAAGCGUUAGGGGCUGCACCGUGGGCAAUCGGAGAUUUACGAAAAGAUUGGGAGAAGAGCAUGGAUGAUCAGAUACUUCUUUUUACUAAGGUUAUGACCGAGAAGGCAAAUGCGGGUGAAACAGUUGAUCUCAGUGAUAAGGUAGCAGAGUUCGCGGCCGAUAUUAUGACGGUCUUCUCAUUCGGUCAAGCAUGGGGCUUCGUGAAAAAUAGUCGAGAUGAACGAGGCUUACUUCACCACUGGAGAGAAUCUCUUGAUCUCGUUGGCUUUGCAGCCAGAUUCACCUUAUUUCGAAAACACAUCAUAAAUCUUCCAGGGAUUGCUUCGUGGCUGUUACCCGAGCCCAGCAGUAAACUUGGUGUAGGAUAUCUAAUUUAUGAAGCCGACCGUGCUAUCACACAGCGCGAAUAUGAAACAUCUCAGGGCGUAUAUCCAGAGAAGCCAGACUUCUUACAGCAUUUUCUCGACGCAAGAAUGAACGACAAGCCACUUACUCCCCUACAAAAACGUUCCAACGUGACCCUUCUCAUCCAAGCCGGCGCUGACACAACCGCUACUGCCCUCGGCUCCAUUCUCCGGUCCUUAGCCACAACACCAGGUUGCUACGCUAAAGCAUUGGCCCAAAUCCGUGACGCUGAAGAGAAAGGCUUACUUUCAACACCAGUCCAGGAUGCAGAAGUACGAGCUCAUCUUCCAUAUCUAGUGGGUGCUGUCAAAGAAGGCAUGCGUUUAAACCCCAGCGUAACUAACUGGCUUCCGAGAAUCGUUCCACCAGAGGGGAAGAUGAUCGAUGGAUUUUUCGUGCCAGGGGGGAUAGAUGUUACGAGUCAAGCUACGGUCGUACAAAGGGAUCCAAUUUUGUUCGGCCCCGACCCAGAUGCUUUUAGGCCAGAGCGCUGGAUGAAUGGUAAAGAUAUAGAAUUGGAACAUGCUAUGUUUAAUUUUGGAGUGGGGCCAAGGGUUUGUUUGGGAAAAGAGAUUGCAAUGAUGGAAACCUACAAGUUGAUUUCCGAGAUUGUCCGACGUUUCGAUAUCGAAGUCUUCAAAAAGGGAAUAUACACUUCCGCGGGUGGAAUAUUGUACAACAAGGAUUUCAUCGUGAAGAUGCAUCCACGGACAGUAGAUUGAUUUAAUCUCCCUCUGAGCAAUUCGGGAGCUUAGCAAUCGCAAUUCUGAGCUUGGAGUCAUUUCAUGCCUUUUGUGGUUGGAGGGUUGUAUGUAGCUAAUGGGAGCUUUUCAUUUGUGUAUCAACUUGGGAUGUCUGAAGUCGUUGUAAGGGGGAAUCGGAUAUUUACAAGAAUAUUUUGGGUGAAAUCCAGAUGUUAUGAUACGUUUUGAUGCGAAUUUUUUGAAUAUAUAAGCGUGCUAAAAAUUUGGAGUGCCCGACUGGAUGAUUUCUGCCAAGGACUGAGUACUUCUCCAAGAAUAAAACUAUGACACAUGGAAUAAUGUAUUUAGUCAUGCUUACAAGUAUAGCUCUUUAUUUAUCAGAGGCCAACAUACUGUCCCUUUCCAAAUAUUUUCAUCAUGGUAAUGCA